CCGGCUCCGGCCCCCGCCCCAGCCCAGCCCCGGCCCCGGCCCCGGCCUGAGUGCCCCUCCGAGCGGCCGGCGCUUCCCGCAGACUCCCGCCGAGGCCCCCGCCGCAGCCAUGGACCUGUCUCCCCCGCUUGCUGGGCCGCUCGCGAGCCCGGGCCCCGAACGCAGGAUCGCCCUUCGUCAGUGUUUCCUGCCAGUGAGUUUCCAGAAGCCUCCUUGAAAAUGAUUUCCAGACCUCCCCCAUCGUUCCUCUUGAAGAGGCUCCCUGUGAGCAGCCCCCAGCACAAAGACGUCUCCCUCUCUCAGAUCCUUCCACCCAGUUGCAGUCGACUUCGCCAAAUUCAGAGCAUCCUGACUCAAAGCAGCAAGUCUCAGCCGGAUGGCAUUCUCUGCAUUUUAGGAAUUGACAGCAGAUAUAAUGAAGGCUGCAAGGAGCUGGCAAAUUACCUUCUCUUUGGUUUGUACAACCAAAGUAUCAGUGACACUGAGAGAUCGGGGUUUUCUGAAGAAGCCCUAGACGAUGUAAUUAUAUUGAUCAAAUCUGACAGUGUUCAUCUAUACUGCAAUCCUGUGAAUUACCGUUAUCUCUUGUCCUAUGUAGCACAUUGGAAAAACUUACAUAUCUACUGCAUGACUGAAAAUGAGUAUGAAAAUGAAGAAGCAGCUGAGGAAUUUAAAAUUGCAAGCUUUGUGGAUAUGGUUCGAGACUGUAGCCGAAUAGGCAUACCCUACAGUUCUCAAGGUCACCUGCAGAUAUUUGAUAUGUUUGUGGUGGAGAAGUGGCCAAUUGUUCAGGCUUUUGCACUUGAAGGCAUUGGUGGGGAUGGAUUUUUUACCAUGAAAUAUCAGUUGCAGGAUGUAAGUAUGGACUUGUGGAAAGCCUACAGCCGGAUGGAUCCUGUGUCACUGGAGAAUUUGCUGUCCCAGGAUUUAAGUAUUUUUGAAUACCAGUGGACCAACUUCUUUGCCAAUUUUGACACAGAAAUCCCCUUCCUACUGGAACUUUCGGAGUUCCAGGCGAGUGAGCCAUUCAGAAGUUACUUCAGUCAUGGCAUGCUCUCCAGCCACAUUACUGACAAUAGGCCAAGCAGACAGCCAUUUGUUCUUUUUGGUUCUCACUCAACACGAGAAAAUCUCAACGCCAGCAACUUCAACUUUCCUUCCGAGGGGCACCUGGUGCGGAACACCGGCCUGGGAGGGAGCACCACCAAGCACAUGGUGGUACAGUGUGUCUCUCCAAAAGGACCCCUCGCUUGUUCAAGAACCUAUUUUUUCGGAGGUUCUCACAUUCCUGAUUUAGGAAAAAACAGUGAAUUGCCCAGGAAAACCGUGCAAGUUAGGCAAUUGUGCCGGAUAUAUACUGCUGUUGUUGAGGCUGUUCUGGCUGGCAUUGCAUGCUAUGCUAAAACUUCCAGUUUAUCUAAGGCAAGGGAAGUGGCACGGCUGACACUUUGGAAUAUGCUAGCAUCAUUUGAAAUGAAGAAGCUUAAGUCUGUCCUACGCCAGAAAGUAGCUUUUAAUAUCCAUGCUGUGAACAAUCAGGGAAGAAUUGUGCCUCUCAACAAUGAAGACAGUUUAUACUCUGUUAAAACGGCCUCCAUGAUUAUAUAUGAUAUCCCUGAGCUGAAGAGAAAAAAAGAAUGCUUGGGAUCUAUAGUCUUCUCAGAAUCAUUUUUGACAUCUCAGAUUUCUAUUAAAGAAAAAGAUGGCAGUGUUACCACAGAAACCAGCUACAUGAUUCUGACUGCGUCCAUCCGGAGAUUCUGCUCUUGGCUGGUGGAAGAUACUGAAGUGAAAUUAUCAGAGAAAGCCCAGCUCUUGGUAAAGAAGAAUGAGUCUUUCUUGGGUCCCCACUUGACAGGAGGAGAAAAAGCAUAUAUUUAUUCAAGCAAUGCCCAAGCCUGGCCAGAAGAAGGAAAAAUUCACUUCUUUUCAAAUGGCCUUUUGUUUUCCCACCGUCGUUAUGGAAGUAUCACCAUUUCUAAGAAUCACAUGAAUUCCAUUUGCUUCUAUGAUGGGAACUCCACCAGUGUUAUCGCUGCCUUGUUGAUAGACUUCAAAAGUUCCUUGCUUCCUUAUCUUCCAGUUGAAUUUCACACAGAGAGCAAUUUUCUGAUGAUUGCCUUUUUCCCUAAAUCCAAGAUGUAUCAAGCAUUCUAUGCAGAGGUCUUCUCUCCUUGGCAACACCCAGCUAACUCAGAGCUGGCUUUAAAAGUGAUCCAGGAAGACGGAUUAUCUGAAGAACAAAAGAGAUUAUACUCCAAUAUGCAAAAACUCUUUACUGCCCAGUCCCUUCCUGUUGGAGAAAGAGGGAAUCAGCUCAAACUCCUGAAUGCUCGUCUCCCUGAUCUAGACAGGUUUCUCCCACAUUUUGCCAUCUGCAGUGUCAGCCGGGAGCCAGUAAUGAGCUCCCAUUUUCCUAUCCUCCUGCAACAAGGUGAAAUUGAGCCUGCUCAGAAAGAGGAAAAUGAAAAGGUGAUUAUGAACAUUGUCACUGGCCUACCAGGCUGUCACGCCACUGACCUAAGUGCUUUGCUGGUCAGUCUUCACAAGGAAUAUGGAAGGUGGAUGGUGUAUAGGCAAACCAUGGACACCCCUGAAUGUUUCAAUGCAGCCCACUUCCAAAAAUACCUGAGCAGUGCCCUGGAGGCCCAGCAAAACCGCAGUGCCAGACAAUCGGCAUAUACUCGGAAAAAGACAAGAUUGUUGGUGGUGUUACAAGCCUACAUGGAUAUUAUUGAUGUUGUCCAGGCACUCCAGACUCACCCUGACUCAGAUGUGAAGUCUACUUUUGAAAUUGGCACAAUUACUACAUGUGUGGAGCCCUUAUGCUGCUACAUGAAGCACAGAUUCCUCUUUCCCAAGUUUCUUGAUCAGUGCUCACAAGGUCUGGUAAGCAAUAUCGUAUUCACUAGUCACACCACGGAGCAGAGGCAUCCUCUCCUUGUACAGCUGCAAAGUCUCAUCCGAGCAGCAAAUCCAACUGCAGCUUUCAUUCUUGCUGAAAAUGGGAUAGUGACCAGGAAUGAAGACAUUGAGCUGAUUCUUUCAGAAGACAGUUUUUCAACUCCUCAGAUGCUGAGAGCUCGCUACUUAAUGUUCCCUGGCUGGUAUGAAGGUAAAUUUCGUGCAGGGGCUGUCUUCCCACCAAUGGUUCAGAUCUGUGUCUGGUUUGGCCGUCCCUUGGAGAAGGCUCGUUUUGUGGCCAAAUGCAAAGCAAUCAAGUCCUUGCUGCAGCCGAGCCCCUUCUCUGGAAACAUCUACCACAUCCUGGGCAAAGUGAAGUUUUCAGACUCAGAGAAAUUGAUGGAAGUUUCUCACAACACACUCAUGAAUUCCUUAAGCAUUGUGCCGGCUCUGGAGGGUCCUAACCCACCCCCAGAUUCCCGUGGAGCUCCUCGAGAUGGCAGCGCUCAGCAGGAGAGCUACCUCGUCUUCAUCGGCUGCUCUCUGAAGGAAGAGAGCGUCAAGGACUGGCUGCGGCAGACUGCAAAGCAGAAACCCCAGAGAAAAGCUCUGAAAACCAGGGGGAUGCUGACGCUUCAAGAGAUCAAGAAUAUUCAUGUGAAACGCCACCUGGACCCCCUGCCUGCAGGUUAUUUUUAUAAUGGAACCCAAUUUGUCAACUUCUUUGGUGAUAAGACUGAUUAUCACCCACUAAUGGACCAGUUUAUGAAUGAUUAUGUGGAAGAAGCAAAUCGGGAGAUUGAGAGGUACAACCAAGAGCUGGACCAACAGGAAUACCCUGACCUAUUUGAGCAGAAGCCUCCCCGCUAGCGCAGAAGGUUCUCCGUGCCCAGGCAGAAGUUCCAGGGCACGUGUCCCAGCAGCACGGCUGCCACCUCACAUGUCAUCCCUGUCCUCACACUCUGAGACACUCACAGGCUUUCUGGCCUUUGGUGCUCUUGGAUGUGUCCAAGGACGGGUUUCCUGGCAGGAAGCUGCUUCUUCAUUGUUUGUGCUGUCUCAUUUGCAUGUGGUCCUGAGUCAAGAUAUAUAGUGCUUUCCCACAACUGUCACCUGGACUCUUAUUCCCUUUUCUGAGGGCAGAGAAGCAUAAGGGAUUGGAGACAUUCCAUGCAGUGGUCUCGGGGGGGGGGGGGGGGGGGGGGGAGAGGGGGUGAGCUGGCCUGUCCCUUAUAUGCUGUCUGCAGCCCCGUCCCGUCUCAGCCUGAAAAAUGAGCCUGUGAAAAGAGGCGUGUGCUGUUUGUUGUCUUGUGGGACUGGGUUAGGUGCUCUUUGAAGUAAGGGAGUACCAGAGUUGCAUGCAGGGUCCUCCCGAGCUCGAGCUCCCUGCACGUUACCUUUCACUCCUCCAGCAUUGCCCAAGUUUCACAUUAGUCUGGAGGAAGCCUCUCCCCCUCAGCCCGUGGCCGCUUUAUAAAGCUGAUGAUGAGAGAAGGUGAGACUUCUUGCCUCUUGGAUGGGGCCCAACCAAGGGCCCAGUGUCCCCCUCUCUCCUCAGCUAUGGUCAAUGCCCAGGCUCCUUAGAUUCCUGCAAGAGACGAUGAAUGAGGACGGCCCCGUCUGGGAAACUCCUGUCCAGUCACCUGUGAUGUGAGGAGAAAUGGCUGGUUUCCUUUCCCUUCCAGAUUGGAAGAAGUUCUAAUGGGGUAGAUCAUGUCUCCCAGAGCUGGCUGUCUUGGUUUUGGAGACCAUUCCAGCACUGUUCCUUCUCAAUUUAGGAAAAGUUAAGGGAGAACAUCGAAGUUCUUGGUUAGCCAGCACUAUUAUGGUUUAGAGCCGUUUCUUAAUUGCAGGUUUCCAAACAAGGAGAUAGGGAAGGAGGUCAGGAGUCUUGUCUCUCUCCCAGGUGCCUCCCAGGCUGGACUUCCCCCACAUAGAAUCUAACUCUGCCUCCUUGCUCUCCCUACUUCCACGGAGCCUUAGAUCAGCUCUGAGAGGGCAGAGGAGGUUUGGGUUUUUGCUGUGGCGUGACUUCCUCCCAGUCCUGGCCAUACCCAUAUGAUGCAAUAAAACUUAAUUGUGGAAAAUUUACUCCAAAUCCCCAGGCCUCCUCACCGUCCCUGGCUUUGGCUCCCAAGGGAGAGCAAUGUCACCGUCUUCCAGUAAACAAAUUCACAAUAUUUUUUGUCUCUUUUGCCCAAGGAAACAAGGAAAGUGUUUGGGGUCCUACUAUUCCUUCCACUGGUUUCAGUAGGACAUUAAAGCAAGUGUGACUGAUUCUUGUUCAGAGCACACUUGGCAUUGGGUGUCCCCCAGCGCAGCCCCUUGGGCCGGAGCGUGGGCUCAGAAUCCCAGGUAACCUUUCUGUUGUGGACUUUGGCGUUGUCAUGUUGCAGCUUAAUCCUUGAGCCCUCCCGAGCUUAGAAUAUAGUCUUGUGCAUGCCUUAGGACUUGGUAAAACAUGUGGUGUCUUUACAAAGCACAUAGGGGACGCCAUGAUUGAGCUUUGGCUCUGGGGGGAGAAAGCCUCGCCCCAGGGAGAGAGCUCCGUGAUGGAUCCCACGAAUUCUCCAUGCAUGACUGCAUGUGGGUCUUCACUGUUCUUAGUGCCUGCUAAGGUUAGUGUAGCAAAACUGUCUUCAGGGGCUUGCCCGGUUUGGAAGCCGGUUGAAGGUAAUUGUGUUGGGGAAGAUAACGAUCUGUGUUUUAAACUGGGAUGAUAAGAGCCCAGAUUCUCUUCCCCUGGAAACUUCGCACUGAAAAAGGCAUCUGCAAAAGGAGGUGCCUGAGCGAGCGUCGUCUCCCAGACCCCGCUGGGCCGGCCACGACAAGGGACUGCGCCGCCGCCAAAGCCAUACGGAUCCUUCGUCGCCCGGGCAGCCAUGUGCCUGGUGCAGCAGCGGCAGGGACGACGGGCCGCGGACUAGCUCCUUGUCUCUGCUUGGGGAUCAAUAACUGUGUAGACUUUUAAGUGCAAUUGAUUAAAUAAUAGAUGAAGAUACUGUAGCUUUUUUGUUUUGCCGAACUCUUUUUAAAAACUCAGAAUUGUGCAGCCUUGGGGGUGGGGGUGGGGGUGGGGGACACACCAGUGGGUCAAUUCAUUCAACUCUUGCUAUGAAGUUUUACACGAAACUCUAAUUAUUAGAGAUUGGGGGGAAGCCCCAGCAGCUCUGGGGUCUGAGAAUUCUGCUGCACAAAGACUCCAUUUUUAAAGAGAGCGUCGGCUUCCUGGCCUUGCCAUCCAUAGCAUAGACCCUCACGCUGCUGUAUUGCUCACUGCGCAGUGUUCUUGGUGACUGACUGACUGUAUAAUCCCCAUGGAAAAAGUCUUUUCACCAACCUGUGGUACUGUUCCAAUUUCCUCUCCUGCGUUGGGAUCAAAGACUAUGUGAUUACCUCAGCUCUGAAUACGAAACUGUGAUUUUGAAAACGUUCAUUUUUCAAUGUUUGAAGCCCAAAUGGCAAAGCUGUGAUGAGGGGUGACCGCUUGGAGCUGGGCGGGCCAGAGGGCAAAGCUCUCCACCCCCAUACUGUUCAUUCCCUUUCCCCUCAGAUUUGAGUCUGAAAGGGAGAAGCAGUGUUGGUGAAAGGACUUUUAAGUAUAACACACCAUGUUAACGUAGUUGAAGAGUCUUAGCACAUCUGGCUAAACUGUAUAAACUCUUUGAGGACCAACGCCUGUAAAUGGUGAUCCUGGAGCUUGACGCCUAUGCCAGGCCUAAUUGGACCUGGUCUGGCCUCUGCUAAAUGAACUCUCAAUGAGGCUUCCAAAAGUGGGCCACCUCUUGGUUUGGGACGGUGGCUCUCCCAUGGUCCGCUCUGGGAUGGAGGGUAGUCUGAGUCCCCCAGGCGGGAGGCCCUCAGCUACUGUACAGCCUGGGAGAGUGCCAUCCCUCAGAGCGGCCAGUGGCCCAAAAGAAGUGCCAUUACACUGUGUCUUAUCUUUUUACUGUGGGGACAGGAACUGAAGGUUCCCAGAGUGUAGGCACGUGUCCUCAAGGGGUUUACCUGCUUUUUGCUGACCUUGUUAGCAGCUUAGGUUUUGUAUCACCCGGAGUGAAUGAGAUUUAGAAUUUCUGAAGUUAUAGUUGGUUUGGUUUUGGGUGGGAGGGGGGGGGGUGCAAUCACCUUAUCCAGGGACUUUUUUUUAGUGCCCUGAGCCAGGAUUUGGACUGCAGCUGUGAAGCCCACAGGCAAGACCCUGAGCCCAGGGGAUGGCCAAGGAAAAUUUCUCUCCAGAUUCUUUGGGGAUUUUGGAGAAUUUGCACAGUGGUAACCUUUGGGAUGUCCUUCCGGGUUCUAUAAACUGGCAAAGUUGUAACUAGGAUAGAAGCUUGUAAACUGUGAGUGUCCAGCUGCCUGGGGGAAGAGAGGUUAAUUGUCAACGGAUUUGUAAAUGUGUCUAACAACCUGGGUUAGACACACACUUCAGAAUUGUUCAAAAUUAUCAAAUGUCACCCUCGAGCUCAUGGACAAUGUGCCAAAAGCCACUUUUAUACUAGCUUUUGAUGCUUUAAUAUUUGCAACUUAAGUUAAAAUUUUGUUUUUACAAACACUACUGUAACUUCAGUGAGACUGAAUGGUGUGGUUGAAGCUUUCUGGCUUAUUAUUGUAUUUAUUACACUCAAUUCAGUGGGUCUAUAAAAUUAGCUUCCACUUAUUUUUAUAUUAUUUGACAUAUUUGUACCUGCGGUUUGUGUCUGUGACUUUUACAUUUGUAAUUCAGACUUGACACUAAGAAUCAAUAAACUAUUCACCGCUAAA